AUGACUUCCUCAUUUGCUCUUCAGUCAUCCUCGUUUUUGUAUCGAUAUCAAAGUCCAGUAUCGUCAUUAGGUGCAAUGGUAAAACUUUUUGCCAUAAUAUGCUUCUCAUUCUUGGCAAUCGGCAAUUUCGGUUUUGUAGAAUCAGUGUCAAGAGCCUUUGAUGGAAGCGAUAACAACCCUGAUAAUCCAUCGGCGGCUAAAGCGGGAAACUAUUUCUUAAGAAAUAUCACUGAACUCAAUUUUAACAAGCAAAACAAUACGCCAAUAAAUUCGCUGACAGAUGUAACCGACUACUUAUCGGGAAGAAACAUUACAAGUGUCAGAUGCACCGACCCCGUUCCUUCCGGAUUAUAUCCUCUCCCAAGAUGUAUAUCUAAUAUAUUGUGCAGUUACAACCUUUCCGAUUAUGACACUCAAAAAAAAUCAAGCUACCGAUCGUUCAGAAGUACUAGUCACUUUGUAACUUUUUUUGGCGAAUUUGUCUCAUUUGACCUUAUUUCCUCGAAGGCCUCUUUACCAAAUUACACUUAUGUAUACAUACCGGCAGACGACUCUUCCUAUAAUCUUAAUAACACCCUUGGGCAAACUGGAAAAACAUUCCUUCCGGCAAAUCGAUCCGAUUUAAAUAACGGCACGAAUCCUCUGUACUCGGGAUAUAAUCUCGUCACGCCCUUCUUAGACUUAAACAAUAUCUAUGGGUCUUCAAAAGAUCAACAAGCUUCUCUCCGUGAAAAUGUUAUGGGAAAGUUGAAGGUUAGCACGGUUGAUGAAUCUCCGUAUCCGCCUAAAAACGGUGGCGGAGCAUUCGUUUGGGGUGCCGUAUCAACACGAUCGCCUAGUAUUUUCACAUUGGCAAUUCAGACUAUUUGGAUUCGCGAACAUAAUCGAAUGUGUGAAAUAUUAUAUAAGCAACACCCAGAGUGGUCGGAUGAUGACCUUUUCCAGGAAGCUAGACGCUGGAAUAUAGCGUACUAUCAAAAGGUCGUGACCGAAGAAUACCUUGGUAUUAUACUAGGCCAUCCAUUACCUGCUUAUCAAUCGUAUGAUAAGAACAUAAAACCUGGUAUAGACACUUUCUUUGCCACGGUAGCGUUCCGGUAUGGGCAUAGCGAGCUUAGUGAUAACUACCAAAUUCAGAAUGAGAUUCCUGAAAUUGUGGCGACUGUACCGUUCAGACAGUUAAAUAAAACGGAUCUAUUGACGACAUUUGGGGUUGAGACGGUACUUAGGUCAAUGGCGCUUCAACGACAGGAAGAGGUCGACAUCUUUUUGGCAUCCGCUACAAAGAACGUAAUUAGUUCAGAGCCUAAUACGUAUGAUCUGGCAGCCUUUGAUAUUAUAAGGUCUAGAGAGCGCGGAAUUCCAUUUUACAACGUAGUUCGUCAAUCUUUCGGGAUCCCAAAGGCGAAUUCGUUUUCAGACAUUUCUAGCAAUCCACUUGUCCAAUCAAAUUUGGCCAGAGUAUAUUCUUCUGUCGAUCAAGUAGAAGCUUGGGUAGGUAUAUUGAGCGAAGAUCAUUUGGAGGGAUCAAAUUUUGGUAGAACGUUGAGCGCUAGUUUUGAAACACAGUUUUCAAAUGUCAGAGAUACGGAUAUCUUCUGGUGGGAAAAUCCUAAGAGUCCUACUCCAUUUAACGACGCCGAUAAAGCAAUAUUGAGAAACACCACAUUCAGGGACAUAAUCAUGCGCAACAUUAAUAGCAGCGUUUAUUUUCCUCAAAAUAUUUGGACCGUGCAACCACAAUCAAAAUUAAGUGGUGAUGAUUCCGAUUAUCCAAAUAAGAUCGAAGCCUGGCCUCAGUAUAUCAUAUUCUAUAGGAUUGGUGGCAUCUCGAGCAAGACCAUUGACUUUAAAGUUAUGCUACAAACGUCUGGUGGCAAGGGGUGGUUUGGAAUGGGAUUUGGUCCAGAUGAUCUUGGAAUGCAGGGAGCAGACUUCUACAUUGGAAUUAUUGACGGUCAAAAUAUCACAUUGAAGAACUAUCACGCGGAUCCCAACAUUUAUCAUCCUCCCAUAGUCGAUAAGGAUCAGGAUCAGACCGUUGUUGUUCGCAAGGCAUCUCUUAGUAAUAGUGGUGUUGCGACUGUUGAAUUUACACGGUCAAUGGAUGCUGCGAGACCGGGAAAAAAGCCUAUCGUUCAUGGAACCAUGAAAUUGAUCAUGGCCUACAAUCCAACUAGCUCUCAGUUCUCUUAUCACGGAAACAACCGUAUUUUGAUGUAUAUCGAUUUUUAUGAUAAUAUCAUUUCAUCGGCGGUUAUAACGAGUAUGCAGUUGACCACAAAGGCAAUUCAUGGUGCUUGUAUGUUCUUUGUUUGGUGCAUUCUAUUCCCGACUUCAGUUUUCUGGGUUCGAUAUUUUAAGCAUCGCAACGACCAUCUCACUAUUCAUCGAUUUGCUCAAUUGUUUGGAGGUGCGUUAGUAUCAACAGUUGGUGUUGCCGCUAUUACGACUGUGCAGUAUACCCAGUCGCCACAUGCAUGGUUGAGUCUGUUCAUAUUUUCCUGUUCAUUUGUUCAACUCACUUUAGGCUUAAUAGCCAAGUGGGGACAAUCAGCCGUUGUUUCUGUUAAUAAGGGCUAUCCUCGUUUCGUGAAACGCACUCAUAAAUUUUUUGGGGCUAUUUUACUUCUAUCGGCUUGGUAUGAACUAUUCUACAUUAGGCCAAUGUAUAUCUCGGUGAGUCGAAUUUUCCUGGCAUACUGGGUCAUUAGAACAAUGUCUUUGGCAUUCUGUAUUUACAAAUUUUAUUUAUUGCAAGGCAUCGAUAUCUUCUGCAGUACUUAUGAUUACGAUUCAACUCCAUAUAAGGCAGCAUAUAUAUGUUGGCUUGUUAUGAUAGUUUCGAUCUUUGCAUUUGGUGAAUUUUGGUGGAUUCGACAAGGCACGCUAAAAAAAUUGAUUUGCAUGGACGAAAAUGAGUCGUCUAUCGAAAAAAGAUCGAUGAUACAUACUUAUAUUAAUCAUAAGGAAUAUUUGAAUUUACCGGAAAUUACUUGGGAUGAAUUUAAUGAACGCGUUCAGAGCGGGGCCUAUUUUGUAGUUUGUGAUAACCUGGUUGUGAACGUGAGAAAAUGGAUUGGAGCUCACCCGGGUGGUUCAAAAAUUCUCGAGCGUGUUAUCGGUACCGAUAUCACAAGAGACUUUUUCAACAUACAUAAAAAGGAUGUAAUUAAUGAAGAAGUAAUUUUGUCCGAGACUCCCUUGUCGUCAAAUGAAAAACCCCUUGGAUCGAUUGCGACAUCAGUGUUGGAGAAGUACACUUCACAUCUGACAAGAACUUUUCCAAAACAGAAAAAAAGUACCAUUGCAGAAUUUAUUGACAGGAUGAAUGUCAAAUAUUAUCUAUCUGUUCCAUUAGCAACUCAUACUCAUAGUCGAUUUGCGACAAGAAAAUUAGCAUCAUUGGUGGUCGGUCGAAUAAAAGAAAGUGAAAAAACAAGUAUCAAAAUAAAUCCUAUUCAUAAGACCGAGAGUCUCAACACAAACUCUAAAGAUGGUCUCAUGGCUGAGGAUAUGGUUUCACAUAAGAAAUUUAGUCGAUACAAACUCACUAGCAAAUCACCAGUUAACGCGAGUACGAAAUAUCCAGUGAUGCGAUUUACGUUCACCAAGGUACAUCAAGUGAAGAUCCAAGAUAAGAAUGCGAAUGAUUCGAGAUUUUUGCCGGGACAUUAUAUCGAAAUUCAAGCCAGAGUUAAGGGCCAAGUGGUGGUCAGAAGUUAUAUUCCGUUGGAAGGAACAAUGUCGAAAUCCUUUUCAAUAUACGUCAAAAUUUAUCCGCAUGGUCUCAUAUCACAGCAUCUGAAUAAGCAAUUAAUAGGUUAUGAAGUUCGAGUUCGUGGGCCAUUUGAUGUUAUGGAAAAACAAAUGCGCGUGACCCUUAAAACAAACGGCUAUGUCGGUUUACCUAUACCCGGUUCUCCUUAUCUGGGUCCUGAUAAAGAUGGUUUCAGCGGAAAAACGUCUUUGUUGAAUCCAAGCAGCUCGGAUGGAUGCUGGGAAACGUUGUAUAUGAUUGCUGGAGGUACUGGGAUCACACCAAUGUUGCAAUUGAUCAGAUAUCACCUUGAACAAGUUUUGAAAAGAGGGAAAGGUUCUCGCGUGCAAAUGAAUUUGCUACUUGGUAAUCGCGAAGUCGAGGAUAUAAUUGAUGCCCAAUUACUUGAAGAGCUUGCGUUUUCAAGCCGAGGAAUGCUUACCGUUAAAUAUUGUCUCUCGAAACCACCGUCUGCGUGGGGAGGAUUUCAUGGGAUUAUCGGUGAUGAGAUUUUAAGAGAGUGGAUAAAUUCGUUGCGCGAUGAAUCAAUUCAGUCACCAGUACAAGAUCGUCAAGGCUCCCCAAUCUCGGACCUGACGACAGAGACGAUGCGAAAUGUAACGCGUUCAUUAUCACCUUUUCCCACAGAGAGUUCAUAUUAUGAAAACAACUAUUAUUCAGAGUCAAAUUCAAAUUGGGAAGGUCACACAUCGGGUUAUUCUCGCCCACAGAAUGCGUUGUCCGGCGGUAGUACUUUGUCCGUAUCAUUACAAACAGCUACGCCGUCGCCACCACCGGGUAAUUAUACGUCGUUAAAUUCAGAAAUUGAAGAGGGAACUUUGGUUGUAAACGAUCAAAAAUUAUUGUGUGUGGUCCACACGAAAUGA